AUGAGUGGAACAGGAUUUGACUACGAGUGUUCAUCACUAUCACCAGAGGGAAGAAUUUUCUAAGUUGAAUAUGCUGAGAAAGCUGUAGAGACCUCAAGCACUAUUCUCGGAGUAAGAUGCAAAAACGGAAUUGUUUUGGGCACUGAGAAGAUUGUACUCAGUAAGAUGAUGGUAGCAGGUACUGAUAAGAGAGUAUUCUCAAUCACAACAACCACUGGCAGUGUUGUCAAUGGAUUAACUCCAGAUGGAAAGUCUCUAGUUUACAGAGGCAGAGAAGAAGCUGUCCAAUACGAGAAGAUGUUCGGUAUUAAGAUUCCCAUUCAAGUUCUUGCCGAGAGACUCGCAAUGAGAACUUAAAUGAACACAAUUUAUAAUGGAAUCAGACCAUAUGGAACUUCAAUCAUCCUUGCUGGUAAUGAUCAUAUUAAGGGUCUUGGACUUUACAUGAUUGAGCCAUCAGGAUAAUGCUUUGAAUACUACGGAUGUGCUAGUGGCAGAGGUAAACAACUUGCCAGAAAUGAAAUUGAGAAAGUUAAUUUCAGAGAAAUGUCCGUAGAUGAGGCCAUUCCAUUGAUUGCUAAAAUUCUCUUGAAGGCACAAGAAGAAAUGAAGGAUAAAAAGCAAGAACUUGAAAUUAGCAUUAUUAGUGAUACCACUGGUUACAAGCACAAGAUCCUUGACAGAGUAUUCGUAGACCAAUUAACUCUAAAGGCUCAAGAAGAAAUAGAAAAUGAGCAAAUGGAAAUGGCAUGA